GGCAAAAAGAGAGCGGGACAUCAACCCGGCGCCAAAAGGUCCUCUCCGAAACCACGCCGCACCGCCGCAUUCUCGCAAACACCUCGCCGGCGGAGGUGACGCUCCAGAUGGUCAGGUCCAACGUCUCUCCCGGCGGCUCCGGCGCGCCCCCGGGUUCCCCCAGGCUCCGGCGCGCCCCAGAGGUGUCGGCGCAGGUGGACGUGGAAGGCGCGGUGGCGUGGGCGCGUGGCGCGGCCGCGGGGGAGCUGUGGGCCGUGCGCAGACGCAACCGUGGCAUCGACGUCGACGAGGAGCAGCUGAGGGCGGUGAUGCUGGCGGUGCGGCAGUUGCGCUACGAGCUCGACCCCGACGAUCCCGACACUCCCUACCCCAAGAAACAGAAAAGACAUCACAAACAAGGCACGAGGAGUUCUGAAAGGAUAGCUGGUCGAGUGAGUCGCGUAUCUAGUUUUCUUGAAUCAACGAGCAAACAUAUUGGGAUAGACCCUGACAAAUGUGCAGCUGCUGUCCCUGAGUGGAUUAAUGACCCAUCUGAGGAAUGUAAGGCUAACUAUAGAAGUCACAAUGAUACCUUACAAAGGAUGGGCACGGUGGUCAUGCUGCCACCCAUUGUAGAUCCACCGAAGACAAGGAAAUCAGAGGAUGGUAAGUGUAAAUGUUCUGACCCUGGAUCUGAGACCUGUGCAAAAGUUCAUGUAAAAGAGGCCUGGAAGAGGGUCAAGUAUCAAUUGGGUGAGCAGGCUUUCAGAAACUGCGGGUUUGAUGCAAUGGGUGAGCGAGUUCUGAAGUUAUGGACAGCAGAAGACAAGAAAAAACUUGCUGAUAUUGAGAAGUUGAUUCCUCAGAGUAAGUGUAGUGAUAAAUGCUUCAUGAAGGUUGCCUUGAAGCAGUUUAGCUCAGAGAGAACAACAGAUUUGGCUAAGUAUUACUACAACAUUUUUCUUCCAAGAAGAUUGGCCAGCCUGAGUAGAGCAGAGGCUACAUACUCCAUAGAUGUGAGUCUAGAAGAUGAAGGCAAAGAUCAAGUGCAUCUCUCUAGAGAGAAGGGUAAAGGCUCUGGAUCGUCUUCCAAAAGGUCCCUGAAGUAGGAGAAAUGCCAUAUAUGCGGCUGAAAUUUUGCUGCGGAGAGGAAGAGGAAGUAGGAAGAACCUGAAAUACCUUAAUUGUCCAUUCUUUUUUGAUUUUCUGAUCGUUGCCAUCACAAUUUUGACGGCUCCGAAAAAUACCAUUAGCACUCACCUAUUCUGAGAAUUGAGAUACGCUAUUAUAACUCUUAGGUUCUCAGAAAUACGCCAUUCUAUGCACUUCAGAUAUGCUAUUAUAUUUCUGUAUUGCGGAGUAUUGCCUAGA